GCUAUUAAGCAACAUGUCACCCACUUCAAUCGAUUUUGUCUCGAUGUGUUUUGUCACAAUCUUUCUGGCACGGAAUACAUCUAGUAGAGAAAAUUGUCUUGACUUAUUAGGAGAAAAAAUAGUUUUUGUAAAUGUUGCGUUUUGUGUGGUAGACACCAGUAAAUCUGAUGAAUAUAAUUAGAGCUCAGAAUUCGGGUUAAUAAAAAAAUACAACUGGUACUCUAACCUCACCAGAAAUCAAAGAGACAAGAAAAACCAAAGAAAUGGGCAGACAAGAGAAAAUCAAAGAAAUGGAGAGACAAGAGAAAAUCAAAGAAAUGGACAGACAAGAGAAAACCAAAGAAAUGGACACACAUGAAAAAAUCAAAAAAAUGGACAGACAACAGAAAACCAAAGAAAUACAGGGACAAGAGAAAAUCAAAGCAAUGGAGAGACAAGAGAAAAUCAAAGAAAUGGAGAGACAAGAGAAAACCAAAGAAAUGGACACACAUGAAAAAAUCAAAAAAAUGGACAGACAACAGAAAACCAAAGAAAUACAAGGACAAGAGAAAAUCAAAGCAAUGGAGAGACAAGAGAAAAUCAAAGCAAUGGAGAGACAGAAGAAAAUCAAAGAAACGGACACACAAGAGGAAAUCAAAGAAAUGGACACACAAUCAAAGCAAUGGAGAGACAAGAGAAAAUCAAAGCAAUGGAGAGACAAGAGAAAAUCAAAGAAAUGGAGAGACAAGAAGAAAAUCAAAGAAAUGGACAGACAAGAGAAAAUCAAAGAAAUGGACAGACAAGAGAAAAUCAAAGAAAUGGACACACAAUCAAAGCAAUGGAGAGACAAGAGAAAAUCAAAGCAAUGGAGAGACAAGAGAAAAUCAAAGAAAUGGAGAGACAAGAAAAAAUCAAAGAAAUGGACAGACAAGAGAAAAUCAAAGAAAUGGAGAGACAGAAGAAAAUCAAAGAAAUGGAGAGACAAGAGAAAAUCAAAGAAAUGGAGAGACAGAAGAAAAUCAAAGAAAUGGAGAGACAAGAGAAAAUCAAAGAAAUGGAGAGACAAGAGAAAAUCAAAGAAAUGGAGAGACAAGAAAAACCAAAGAAAUGGACACACAUGAGGAUACCAAAGAAAUG